CCCCGCUCCCUGACUCAAGAGUCCUUUCUUUCCCUUAUCUGCUGCUGACGACUUCCCAAAGCAUGGCAGAAGAAACCAGCCACGGUACCUUACCCGACAGUCAUGUCGGGUUCUGUACGCUGGGCAUGUUCAUUCUUGAUGAUAUCGAAUUUGGUGGGAUUAGGCCCGACGUGAAGAACAUCCUCGGCGGUGCGGCCUCCUUUGCAGUCGUGGGCGCGCGUCUCGCCGCGGGGAAAGAACUUGCUCGGUCUGUGAGUUGGAUUGUCGAUGUCGGCUCAGACUUUCCCCAGGAGGUCUUAAAUACUAUCAAGGCAUGGGACACCGACUGCAUGAUUAGAGAAGAUCCGGGGCGAUUGACCACCAGAGCAUGGAACGGCUACGGUCAUAACGAGAAACGAGACUUCAAGUAUCUGACCCCAAAGUUACGAUUGGAACCGCACAUGCUGUCAGACUCCCAAGUUCUCUCGAAGACAUUCCACAUGGUCUGCUCCGCGUCCAGAUGUAUCUCCAUUGUGCAAGAAAUCCUCCGACGUCGAGAAGAAUUGCAACGAGGUAGCCAGGCUUCCUCCCCCCUGGAACGACCGAUCUUUGUCUGGGAGCCCGUGCCCGACCUCUGCACCCCGGAAGAACAGGAGAUGUUCUUCGCUGCGAACCGAGUCGUAGACGUGGUAAGUCCUAAUGAACUAGAGUUAGGACUGAUGUUUGGCCAGUCCGGAUGGUGCGAAGAUGAACAGUUUGGCCAGGAUAUAGUGAGGAGGAUCCUGGAGUCUGGCAUCGGACCCGACGGAGCCGGGCACUUGGUCAUUCGGGCUGGAAAGGACGGAAGCUAUUCAUACUCUAGAGCCCAGAGAAUCUGGCUACCCGCGUAUCAUCAGCCUGCUGCCUCCGGGUCUUCCCCUGUGGUCGAUCCCACAGGCGCCGGGAAUUCCUUCCUGGGGGCAUUGGCGCAAGGAUUGGUGGGUGCUGGAGAAGGGCCGACUCGCGUUAUCGGGUCUGUCUUUGCAUCGUCUGUGAACUGGAAGGAUGCCCUGAAAGCAAAUGGAGACCGUGACCACAUCCUAGAGGCUUUGGUGUUUGCCACUGUUGCCGCCAGUUUCGUGGUGGAGCAAAUCGGGGUGCCCCGGAUGUCUACUUCUACUGAAGGGAGGGAGCUUUGGAACGAGACUGAAUUCACGGAACGGGUCCGUCUGUACACCCAGCGAUUGUAUAAAAGCGUCGAAGAGUCUCCUCGGAAGCAUUUCCAGAUCAAUUGAACGGAUUGAAGAACGCCCUUCUAUUGUCGUACAGCCCACAAGAAUAUGAAACAAAAAAACCCGUCAUUUGCCAUAGUAUCCCU